GCUAUCCAGUUGAAGAUUACCGUAGCGUGUUCAUACUUGCCUUACUCUAGUGUUAUUAUUUGAUGUGAGAGUACGUGGUUUCAUUAUGUUAGACGGAGACGGUACGACCGUGAAAAGUGUUAAAAAUAUGGUACCACUGGAAAUUAAACCGAAACCCAAAUGUUGUAGAAAUUUAUUUGGUUCCCCAAGUGAUAAGGAGAGGGAACAGAUGUCAAAAAUUUAUGAAGACGUCCUUAAGGAAGACUUUAAAAUCGCAAAGGAAGUUUAUGAAUACGAUUUUUCUUGUGACAGACCCCUAUCCGAGAGAUGGGAGCUUACAACAGCUCCGGACUUUUACACUAGGGUAUACAAAUCGAAACAGGAACGACUGAACCCGUUAAAAAGGAAAAUUGACUUUGAUGAUAGUGACCAGGAAACUCAGUCACAAAACACCACAUCGUGCAAUAACAGACCCAUGAUACAGCUCCAGCUGACAACUCUGUUAAAGAAAAGGAAGAGGGCAGAUUCGCCGGCCCUCACGACGAAACCACUGAGGCUGUAAGAUGGCGAGAUACAUUAUGUAAGUCAAUUAUUCAUGUAUAACCUGUAUAAAAUCAAUGACGCCUUUGGAUUUCUUUGUAAUUCAACGUAAUGAUGGAAAACGGAGUUGGCAUCACUAUGGAACAACCAAAACAAAUACUGGAUCUAUUAAUAGUGUGUAGACCCACGCAACAUGCGAUGGUUUAAGCUGCUCUUUGGAGCCAUGCCCAGAAAAUCUGGAAACGUAUCAACCUGUGGUAUUAACUCUGUUUAUAUUUUCCUUUUGCGGUCUUUAAACUAGAAAUGAGACAACAUAUCUCGCACAGUAAAAAUUGAGGUGAAAAAAAACCCCACCCCAAACGAAAUCCAGAUAAAAAUUAAUACAUAUAACAUAACAAGGAAGGAAUUAGUGGGGAUAUUUUUAACCUCCCAGUUUUCACAUUUAGAUGUUGUUAUGUGAAAUAACUGGUGUAUAUUUAGGUCACAGCUCACAGGGAUAUUGGGGAGAUUUGUAUCGUGAUUAUAGAAGAUCAGUUAGUACUAUGGAUUGUGGGAAGCAUCCUAAGAGUGCACUAGUGGCAGUCACAAACGUCGAGCUAGUGCAUGACUAGCAAAAAACCCACGGUAAUAGCACGCUUCUCCAUAAAAUUUGGGAGAUUUAAAUUUAAACAGAGGAAAAGCCACAUGGCCGACACUCGAGAACGGGGUCAUUUAGAAUCACGGCGUAGUGUAUAGUACGUUGUAGUAAUAUUAAACACGAGGCCUUUCGCGCUCCGCCGGAGAAACGGCCUGGGAACUCGCGUACAUUUGCAUAAAGCCCGAUUCCUUAUGCAGCUCUAUGUAGGUCGUAACUGUCACUUUAUCUUGCCGCAGUGCUUUGUGGGAUACGGCUUCAGGUCGUCUUACGCUUAUUAUCAUGACUUGGUAUGUAAAUGAAGUCAAUUUCACCUCUACACGUAAAUUGUAGAAGAAAAAAGUUUUAUAGAGUUUCCGCGACACAUCGUAGGGAUAAAACCUAUAGCGUCGUACACGAUUACAACUAAAACGACAUUUUUCUCGUUUAUUUCUGUCAACUUUAAACCAGAUGUUGACAAGUUUUAAGGUUUAUACAUAGUGAUGCCAAUAACCUCUUAGUAAACACUUGAUAAAGCUAAUGUUCUUUUUGAGCAUAUGGUUAAUUGGUUUCAAAGUGUCACUGCCACAUUAUUUCGUCAGAUUAGCGAAGUUUCAUGUUAGUGAGGAGAAAAAUGUUUGACUCAUUUGUCUUUACUUUGGUUUUACAGAAAUUAGUGCUAGAAACUGGGAUCUGUUAAGAAGGGACUGAGGUUAUUCACAAAGUCUACACAAGAUUUCGCAGUUAGGGCAUUCCGAGCGGGAUUACUUUGCCAAAGAGAGAGAAAGCCUAAUUCUUGCCAAAAUUCUCGAGGCUUACGCUACACUAGUAAUGCAUUGCAAUAUACAAUGCAUUUGACAAGUUGUAUAUAGCCAAGAAGAGAAAGAAACAGCAACCCCAGGAACCCAGCAUUCCCUGCAGAAUCCCGUUUCCGUCGAGAUAUUACAAUUGACAGACUCCCUUGCACAGCUGGUGGCUGCUGCUUAAACAAAGAUCGGUGCAUUCAGUACUGUUUUCAUUAUGGACUUAGUGGUCACGUGCAGGGACACUAUUACUUUAUAUAUUUAUGUGCAAUUGACAACUUGACAAUGACCGUGUCAUUGUAAACAUUAUGAUCUCAUUAAUUAUUUAUUUUUUUUUAUAUUAUGUGUCAAUUCUUAUAAAGAAAAAAUCCCUGUUUGUAAAUUGUCCUAUUUAUUUGUAAAAAGAAAUUUAACGGCACUACACCUUCGAGAAUAUAAAGUAAUAUAUAUAUAUUCAGAUUCUUUAUCGAAGACUGUUUUGACACAUUUUUUUGUCAUAUUUAUUAUUGUUUGUGGUAUAUAAUACCAGAAAAUAAAGAUAUGAAAGAUUAAAGAUUUGAAAAAAAAAUUCAAAAGAAAUAGAAAAACAAGUUUCUCUCAUCUGUCGGACUUUUGUAAAAGAAAUCGCAAAAAUUGCUAAGAAAAUCCAUUGGAGUGAUCUCAAAUUUCUGUAUUUUGUAACGCAUAUUGAUAAAACAUCCAAAGUGUUCAUUUUAGUGUACAAGCAUGAAGAGAUUUUGUGUUUGCUGAUAGUUGUACUGUUUUGUAGUGAAUGUAUGUAUGCUUUCAUCAUUUUUUGGUGUUCUUGAGAUAAAUAUAGGAAUUACAGACAAGUUGUUGAGAAACUUAUUGUUGUAAAAAAUAAAGAUAUACUAAAAAUAA